ACAGCCUCACAAACUGUGGUCACACUGUCUGAAUUUUGCAAUUAUUAUUAGCAGACGACUCAUAGCAACGGUGCAUAAACAAAUGUGAAGAAAAACGCUCUUCAUUGAUUGCCCAUACCGAGUACUCAGCAGAACAUUUUGAAUUGUUGUUAGCCGUUAAGCAAAAGUGUAAAAAAUGCCGCAAGAGCAGCCAACGGCGACUACGUCGCAGCAGCUCGAUGACGAAAUCGAAAAUGUUCGCGUUGUUGUUCGAUCCAGGCCGAUGGACAAGAAUGAGCUCGCCUCGGGUGCGGUGAGCGCCAUCCAGGUGGAUAAUAUCAAUCGUGCAAUAACCGUUAUCAAGCCGAACGCCACAGCCAACGAGCCGCCGAAGACAUAUUACUUUGACAAUGUCUUCGAUGGUAACUCUAAUCAGCUGGAUUUGUAUGUGGAUACGGCUCGUCCGAUUGUCGACAAGGUGCUGGAGGGCUACAAUGGCACCAUCUUGGCUUAUGGGCAGACGGGCACUGGAAAGACAUACACCAUGUCCGGUAAUCCGGACUCGCCACAGACCAAGGGCAUCAUUCCGAAUGCAUUCGCCCACAUCUUUGGGCACAUUGCCAAGGCUCAAGAUAAUCAAAAGUUUCUGGUGCGCGUCAGCUACAUGGAGAUCUACAAUGAGGAGGUGCGCGAUCUGCUCGGCAAAGACGUGAGCAAGAGCCUCGAAGUUAAAGAGCGUCCGGACAUUGGCGUCUUCGUCAAAGAUCUCAGCGGUUAUGUGGUGCACAAUGCGGAUGAUCUGGAGAACAUUAUGCGGCUGGGCAACAAGAAUCGCGCUGUCGGCGCGACAAAGAUGAAUCAGGAGUCUUCGCGAUCGCACGCCAUCUUCUCCAUCACCGUGGAGAGCAGCGAACUGGUCGAAGGAGGCAUGCAGCAUGUUCGAAUGGGCAAGUUGCAGCUGGUGGAUUUGGCUGGCUCCGAGCGUCAGUCAAAGACGCAGGCGAGUGGCCAGCGGCUGAAGGAGGCCACCAAGAUCAAUCUGUCGCUCUCGGUGCUGGGCAAUGUGAUCAGCGCUUUGGUCGAUGGCAAGAGUACGCACAUUCCCUAUCGUAACUCGAAGUUGACUCGGCUGCUCCAGGACUCACUUGGAGGCAACUCGAAGACAGUGAUGUGCGCUACGAUUAGCCCAGCGGAUUGCAAUUAUGUGGAAACCAUUUCCACGCUUCGCUAUGCGAGUCGAGCUAAGAACAUACAGAAUCGCAUGCACAUCAAUGAGGAGCCGAAGGAUGCGUUGCUGCGACACUUCCAGGAGGAAAUUGCACGAUUGCGCAAGCAGCUCGAGGAGGGUAACUUCGAGGAAGAACUGCUGCCCAGUGGCGAGGGCGAGGAUGAGGAGGACACCUGUGACGAUGAGCUUGAGGCGCCUUUAGAUAUUGAACUGGAGUCUGCGGCUUCAGCUGCAACCAGUCCCACUGGCAAGAAGAUACGAAAGAAGCGCGAGAAGUCAGACAAGGAGAAGGAAGAGCUGGCCAUGCGCAAGAGCCAGCAUUUGCGUGAAAUCGAACAUGCCAAGACGGAACAGGAGCUGUUGCGCAACAAGCUCGUCUCGCUGGAAGGCAAAAUUUUGGUGGGUGGCGAGAAUCUCCUAGAAAAAGCGCAAACUCAAGAGAAGCUGCUGGAGCAGUCCAUAGCGGAACUGGAGGAGCGCGAGAAAUCUGAGCAAGCAUUACGGCAAACACUUGAGCAGAAGGCCACCGAGCGCAUUGACAUCGAGGAACGCUACUCCACGCUGCAGGAUGCCAGCACUGGGAUCACGAAGAAGAUCCAUCGGGUCAUGCAAAUGCUGAUGGGCGUUAAGUCCGAGCUGGCUGAUCAGCAGCAGGAGCAUCAGCGCGAGAAGGAAGGAAUCUAUGAGAACAUACGCAGCCUCUCUCGGGAGUUGGCGCUUUGUGAGCUGGUGCUCAACUCGUAUGUGCCCAAGGAGUACCAGUCCAUGAUAAAUCAGUAUACGUCCUGGAACGAGGACAUUGGCGAGUGGCAGCUCAAGUGCGUCGCUUACACUGGGAACAACAUGCGCAAGCACAUCGAAGACAAGAACAGCGGCAAGGAGCCCGAAUAUGUUGAUCUCUCUCACGUCUAUCUCAGCUAUAAUACGGAAGGUGUAUCCAAUUCUAUGGGCGCCAAGUCGGCACGUCCACGCACCUCGGGUGUGCCGCGUCCCACAACGGCGCGUCGCUAUUGAAGCCAUCAGUCUCUAGUCCAGAUGCAGGACCAGCUCCCGCGUGUCCAUUAUCUGUUCGGAUUUCGUGCACAAUUUUGGUUUCUUUUGUUUCUGCUUUUGCUUUUUUAUGCUUUGAAGUUCAU